AUGGCAUUGAGAAAUCGCACUGCAAUUACGAAUAUAAACCAAGAAAAUGUUAAGAAUGGUAAGUCAACGACGACGGUCACGGGGAUGACGAGACGAGCGGCGUUGGGGGAGAUCGGAAAUCGUGUGACUGUACGCUCGACGGUAACGUCAACAAAGGUUGGUGCAUUGCCUCAGAAACCAGGGGUAAAGAAACCAGUAGCAACCACCCGUCAGGCGGGAGUGGUAAAGCCGGUGUUGAAAGCCCAGGAGAAGCUCCCGGUGCAAAUAGUCAAGCCAGUUGUUAAAGAAGUAGAGGAAAUAAAAGAGAUUGUGCCGGAGUUGGACAUUAAAGUUGAAAAACCUGUCCAGCCGAUUGUAAUCGACGACUACAAAACUACCACUACAUCUGCUGGGGAUUGUGAUGCAUUCUCGUCGGACUUACUUCAGGUUGAGGACAUCGAUGAGAUUGACAAAAACAAUCCGAUUCUAGUCACCAUCUACAGCAAUGAUAUCUACUGUUACUUGAGAAAAUUGGAGGCUCAGUAUCCAAUUCACCGAGGGUACUUGGCUGGUCAGGAAGUUACCGAGAAAAUGAGGAGUGUUUUGAUCGAUUGGUUGGUUGAAGUGCACCAGCAAUUCCGUUUGUUACAAGAAACUCUUUAUCUUACCGUUGCAAUUAUUGAUCGUUUCUUACAGUCAGUCAGAACGAUAACCAGAAAGAAGUUACAACUUGUUGGGGUAGCUGCAAUGUACAUUGCGUGCAAAUACGAAGAGAUGUACGCACCAGACAUAAGUGACUUUGUGUACAUAACGGACAAUGCCUACACAAAAACGGAAAUAAUCCACAUGGAGAUGCUGAUAGUACGGACGUUGGAUUACUCAUUUGGAAGACCACUGCCGCUUCAUUUCUUGCGGAGAUACAGCAAAGUAGGACACGCUACGUCUGUUCACCACACAAUGGCUAAAUACUUUUUGGAGCAAUGUCUAAUUUCUUACGAAAUGUGCCAUUACCCACCGAGCUUAGUUGCCGCAGCAGCCAUGUACUUGGCCUUCUUUGUCAUCGGGAACGACUCUGAAGAUGAGGGCAAGGUUAUUUGGACUCCAACUCUCGUGCACUACAGCACCUACACCAAGGAUGACAUUCUGCCGGUCGUGCGCCAAGUAGCAGCUAUUAUUGUUAACGCUGACAAAAACAAGUACCAGGCUGUGAGAAAGAAGUACAAUCACUCUAAGAACAUGAGAAUAAGCUUACGUCCUGAGCUAAAGUCUCCCAGCAUGCUCAAUUUGGUCAAUUCACAAAAUUAG